CUGCUUCUCUCUGUUUCCCAUACCUCCUUCCUUUUCAAGCAACUACCUGAAACGAAAUGCUGAUCGUCCCUAAAUAUCUCUCUCACCCAUCUCAUAAACGCUCCAAACAGGAUCAUCCUUGUCUUAUUAACACUUUCAAUCGAGAUUCUUUCCACGCCUCACCUCCCAUUUCUCCAAUCCCCAAUUCACCGUCUCUCUGUAUUUCUAGCGAAUCAUUUGCAGGUGGGUCUGUCAGAAAUCCGAGCUUCGAGCGAUGUUAAUGGCGGUUAAGUUCCCAUUGGCUUCAAAUGGUGCAAGAACUCCUUUACCACGAAACCCACUUGGGUUCUUCUCGGCUUCGAUUCCUUCGAAGCCCAUUUCCCUCUCGUUGCCUCUGAAUAACCCAAAUCCCCACAAUUGCUUUUGUUUGAAGCCAUACAGUUCUCGAUUAACCUUGCCCCACCGCCGUCUUCCGCCGAUCGCUGCCUUGGAAUCUGACGUCCCUCAGUCACAUCACCAGGGAUCUGAGACUUUAAGUGACAGUAAAAGGGUUGAGGAGUGGAGUUCAUUAACAGCGAAGUUCUCCGGAGCAGCAAAUGUUCCUUUUAUGUUGCUGCAACUGCCUCAGAUUAUCCUUAAUACUCGAAACCUUUUAGCAGGAAACACAACAGCGCUGUUGGCUGUUCCAUGGCUGGGGAUGUUAACUGGUUUGCUUGGGAACCUUUCAUUGCUAUCAUACUUUGCAAAGAAGAGGGAAAAAGAGGCCAUGGUGAUUCAAACAUUAGGAUCAGUUACAACGUUUAUAGUUUUUGCUCAGCUUGCAAUAGCUGGGGCCAUGCCACUGCCUUACUUUGUAGCUACAUCGGCUGUUGUGUCUUCUGGUCUUCUUAUAAACUUUAUGAAUUACUUCAAUGUUCUUCCUGUUCAAAUCUUGAAAUUUUGGGAAGAUUUCAUCACUGUUGGUGGGUUUUCUGUGCUCCCUCAGGUUAUGUGGUCUACGUUUGUUCCGUUCAUACCGAAUAGUAUCUUGCCGGGGAUCACCGCUUUGGUCGCAGCGUUGCUAGCCGUUGCUUCGGCACGAGCUGGAAAACUUCCUGAGAAAGGUGUGAAAUUUGUUGGAGCGUUAUCUGGAUGGACAGCAACACUCCUCUUCAUGUGGAUGCCGGUUUCGCAAAUGUGGACUAAUUAUCUAAAUCCAGAGAACAUCAAAGGCUUAUCAGCUCUCACAAUGUUUCUUGCCCUGAUCGGAAACGGUCUUGUACUCCCACGUGCGCUAUUCAUUCGAGACUUCAUGUGGUUUUUGGGUUCGGGUUGGGCGAUGUUGUUCUACGGAUAUGGUAACAUAGUAUGCUUGUACUGUUGCAAUGGCGUGAGCAGGGAGUUCUUCAUUGCUGCAACUGCUGGUCUAUUCUCCUGGAUAGGCUUUUUCUUCUGGAGAGACUCUAUGGUGUAUGGAUUCCGCUCACCUCUAACAUCUCUUAAGGAGCUACUUUUUGGGUAAUGACUGCCAAAUUCGAGCUCGAAUUUAAGCCAGAUUUCGACAAAUGGUAGCAACUUCUGAAGGUAGACAGAGUUUUGAACAGGGAAAACAGCAAUCUAAGCUACUUUUUUUUUUUUUUUUUUU